UUAGGUUUUUCUUUAUCCGGAAACCGAACCCCUCGCCUCUCCUGAAACCCUUCUCUGCUCUUCUCGCGCGGCGUCGGCCUCUGCUCGGGCGGAAGACGAAGAGAAGCUGGGGCUUCUUCCGACGGCCGGCCAAGGUUCUCCAAGGGAUUUUCUUCACUAUCACAAUCCCCCCGUCGAGGAGAUUUCGUGGACACGAAGAGGAGCCGAGGUCUUCACUCCUCCGGAAACCCUAGAAUUGUUCUCGUCGGCUGUAAGUCCAAGAAAGCAAAAGUAAGCUUGGACAUCCGAGUUGCAAGAGUGAGAAUCACAUAUUUCUGAGUUUCAUGGGUUCGCGCAUAAUCACUCCUGAGGAUGUUUUAGAGUCGCUAAUGAAUGAUGGGACCAUAGAUGCCAUCAGAUUGAAGAUUAUUAACCAACUGAAGGCUAAUGAAGAACUUAAAAACAAUACAAUCACAAUGGUAGAGCAAAGCAAGGUUCUUAACACCCCUGGUGCAGAGAAACAGACUAAGAGAGAGCUAUUUGAUGCAUUACGGCGUGAACUUGAAACUCAGGUGCUUGAGAAGGCAUCACGGGCUGUUUGGGAGCUAAUUCUUGACGAAAGCGGCUUGGGGAAGGAGAUCAGUGAAACAGUUGAAAGAGUUUUCUGUAAAUUAAGUGGCCGUGAGUUGUUGCCACCACCCCAGCCUACUGGAAGUUUUGCUCAAGAGUCGAACAAAGUACAAGAAACACAGGAAAAGGAAGCAGAGAAGGUGAAGGAUAUAGAGAUGUCCGAGUCAUCAGCAAAGAAAAGGACCUUCGGUGAAAUGAAUGCGAAAGGUACAGUAGUUACUAAUGGAGCGACUGACCAUCCUGCUGCAUCCCAUGAUGUUGCACCCCUUACAUGAUGUUGCGCCACCCUUGGGCAUUGUACCACCAUGCCAACAUAACAAAUGCACUUGCUUGUUUGAUUUUAUGUAAGCAUUUGCUAGGUGGAUUUAAUGUAAAACUUCACUCAGUCCAAUUAUUAUUAGUCCUUGAUUUGGUUUGUAAAGAGGUCUAUGAAAAUAUAUGGUAAAGCUAGCAAUUUCUUGCACAAUGUGACAGAACUCUUCUAUAUAUUGAACUUUUGAGCUUUAGAAGCA